UUGACAGGGAGGCACCAGCUCUUUAUUUAUUUUAUUUUUAUUUUUAUUUAUUUUUCUCUUAUCUUUUUUAUUUUAUUAUUUUUUUUGGUAUUAAACUAACUAUUUAAGCUCGAUAUUUCCGUUAAUUGCUUUUAAGGAGAAGAGUCUCGCUGUUUUGGGCCUUCUGGGUUUUCCAUUUUAAAGGGAGAAAGAGAUUGUUGAUAACCGUUAGAGGAGGAAAGAGGGAGACAGUGAUUGAGAGAGGUUUUCUGGAAGCUGAUCUAUCUGGGUUUCUCAGCACUUAGCUAAAAGAUUUCUCUUUGUUGGGUUUUCUUUUAUUCUGUUGGAACUUUUUUUUUCUAAAAAAAUGUGGUGUAUGACGAAUGAAGGAGGAGAGCAUUAUUGUUCUAAAAAAACUGAUGACAUCUGUGGAGAUGUUUGUGGCCAGGAAUCAAGCCGGCUGAGCAUGUCAAGAAUCCGCUGCAUACUGCGUGGCAUUGAUUUGAAAACUUAUAUUUUUCUAUUUGUACUGGUUCCGACAUGCAUAUUCGGUAUAUAUGUUCAUGGGCAGAAGAUUUCAUACUUUCUGCGGCCACUAUGGGAAUCGCCACCCAAACCUUUCCAUGAUAUCCCACAUUAUUAUCAUGAGAAUGUGUCAAUGGAGACGCUUUGCAAACUUCAUGGUUGGGGAAUUCGUGAAUUUCCAAGACGGGUUUAUGAUGCAGUCUUGUUUAGUAAUGAGGUGGAUAUUCUUACUGUACGGUGGAAAGAAUUGUACCCUUACAUUACGCAAUUUGUUCUUCUUGAAUCUAAUUCAACAUUUACGGGUAUUCCAAAGCCUAUGGUUUUUGCUAGCCAUCGAGAUCAAUUCAAAUUUGUUGAGCCCCGAUUGACUUAUGGGACAAUUGGAGGAAGGUUUAAGAAAGGAGAAAACCCAUUUGUUGAGGAGGCUCUGCAGCGUGUAGCAUUAGACCAGCUUCUCAAAAUAGCAGGAAUUUCUGAUGAUGACUUGUUGAUAAUGUCAGAUGUUGAUGAGAUACCAAGCAGACACACUAUCAACCUGCUCAGGUGGUGUGACAACAUACCUCAAGUUCUUCAUCUUCAGCUGAAGAAUUAUCUUUAUUCUUUUGAGUUUCUUGUGGAUAAUAACAGCUGGAGGGCAUCAGUCCAUAGGUAUCAGACGGGUAGAACAAGGUAUGCACAUUAUCGCCAGACAGAUGAGCUUUUGGCAGAUGCAGGGUGGCACUGCAGUUUUUGCUUCCGCCAUAUCAGCGAGUUCAUAUUUAAGAUGAAAGCUUACAGCCAUAAUGAUAGAGUGAGGUUCUCUCAUUAUUUGAACCCAAAAAGAGUUCAGCGAGUAAUUUGCAAGGGUGCUGAUUUAUUUGACAUGCUUCCAGAGGAGUACACAUUCAAGGAAAUAAUCGGGAAAAUGGGACCUAUUCCUCAUUCCUUCUCAGCAGUUCAUCUUCCAUCUUAUCUUCUAGAGAACGCAGAUAAAUAUAAAUUUCUUUUACCUGGAAAUUGUUUAAGAGAAAGUGGGUGAUUCUUCUAAUAACUUCAGUAUCCGUAAAGGCUAGUCACAUGUGCUACUGGUGUAACUCCCCGCUGAGGAUUCAACCGAACAAAUAUUGACUGGGGUGUGUCACUGCACAGCCUUGUCUUUUAUUCGGCAGUUCGUUGGGAAAAUGAUUGAAGAGUUGGAUAAAUGCUUGGAAAUUCUAGGUUUGUAUAUAACUUUUUUUUUAUUUGAGUUUUGCUUGGUGGAAGAUAUUUCAUUCACUGAGCAAAGAUCUUCCUGUAUCGGAAACAGCUUUGCAGUUGCGGGUGCAUGUGUAUUACUUGGAUUCUCUAAUACAUUAGUUUGAGGUUCCUGUGAUUUUAGAUUCUCUAAUACAUUAGUACGAGGUUACUGUGAUUUUCCCUAUGUUGGGAGGUUUUGUUUUGAGACAAUUUAUUCAUACAUGUUUUAUUGAAUUCCUUAAUUUGUUCUCCUUCAUUGGUUUUCAGAUUGUUGAUGACAUGCUUAUUUCAUUAGGUUUUCAUCAAGUAUCUUUUCUAACAAUUCUCCAAGAUAAAUAAAAAAUAGGAAAUAUAAUUCCCAUUUCGUCAUAAAGCAAAGUAUCCGAUGACAAUGAAGUAACAUUAAAAAAAA